AUGUUUUCAGGAUACCAGAACAAAAAGAAAAAGAAAGAGUUGGCUAAUGCUGUUGAGAAACUAUCAAAACCAGACUGGAAAUCCAGUGAGAAAUUCGACUCUGUUGCCAAAUCGAGAGAGAUUCAUCAGCAACCACUGCCUCAACCACAAGAGUCAGAUGUGUCCAACUUGAUGGUUCAUCAGCGACGAAAAAGCCUCAUCAUAAACAGUGCAAAGCCAAACCCAAACGCUGAAAGAAUCAGGAAAUCAACAAGCGUUUAUGAUGGCUUAGAAGGUGCUGAUAUGAAUAAAAGACCUUUGAAUAUAGAUAAAGCGUUACCAGCAAAUCCUGACAGCAAGUUGCAACUGGAUGAAUUUGAUACGACACAGCUAGAAGAAAACAUUGUUCGAUUGGCCAAAGAAGCAGGCGUAGAAUUUGAUGCGACUCAACUAUCCCAAGAGAACGAAAUUGACCAUAUCCGUAGUAUAUUGGAUCAAACCAGCAAAGACAUUGCAGAAACCUACACUCAGAAGAUAAACAAGGAGUCCGACACAGGUGCAUUGAUGACCAAGGGUCGUAAAAGUCUUGAAGAGAACAAUGCUUGGAUCAAAGAUACAUGCGGUCAGAUCACUGAAAAACUGCAGCAGCUGAAAAAUGAGGUACAAUCUAAACGAAUGCUGGAAACCAACCGACCGCAAUUGAGGGAGAAUCUAAAGAUGAUUAUCGGCGACAUUGCACAAUCAGCGGACGAAGUCUGGAUACCCCAAUUCAACGAACUAUGUCAAAGCAUAAAGAGCGAUAGUCAACAACUGCAUAACGACAUUCACUAUCUGUGCAAGCUGUUCAACGAUACGUCAUGGGAGAAGGAAUUGAGAAAGAGGACGGAAAAGUGCUUUGACAUUGGAGAUGAAGCAGCAUUUCAUAGAAUGAAGAUGGAUUAUACAGCAUUGUUCAAUCAAUUAUUUCCAACCUAUUCAUGCUCUGAUGAAUUUAUUGUUGCCUGUAGUCACCUUGCCAAAUCGUACGUGUUUCCGCCUCCUUCACCCAAGCAUCUGAUCACCACAGCCAACAACAGUGAAAACUCCAGUGUCAUUAGUGUACCAGAAGACAUAUCCAAGCGAUCAUCGCCAUCCAACGCCACAACUGCUAAUACAAUCUAUACGCUUAAAAGCAAAAUCCUCCCGCCGUUGCACUUUAGCAAUAAGAAAAGAGCAGACAUGUUUCUCUCCAACCUGAAUCAAGCCAAAGCCUACUUUCAAACAGACGCAUUGCAUCUAUACAAAAGCUACGACGAGCAUCGACUGAUCAAAAACAACGAAGCGUGUCCCUGUCUUCUUUGUGAAGAGGCGAUGAGACAUCAACACGGCACAACACAAUGCAAUUUCUGCAGCGUACAUCAGAAUCAUAAUAUCAAGACUGAGCAAGAUCAAGAAAACUGCAAUUGCGGAAAUUGUAUUCAUUUUUCACACUACAUUCAGGGGCUUCGAUUCCUCACAGACGAAUUUGCGGACAGUACCAAAUACACAGCGAGCAGAUCAAGUUCAUUCCAAGAGAAACAGCAUCCCACGAAAGAAAAGAAAUCGCUCAACAAACUGAUUGGUGGUUUAUUAUUUGACAACAACAAUAAAAAGAAAUAA